AUGUCGUCGUCCAUGCAGCAGCGCAAAAAUGAGAUUCUUGCUAAAAGGGCUAAGCUCGCUGAACUGAAAAAACAACGCGAACUUCGCCAGAAGGAAUUUACCAACACGCGAAACAGUGUCGGAGAUGCUUCAGAGGUCGCUUCGCCGGUUCCCAGUCGCUCUGAUAGUAGGGCCGAACUCGACGAUUUAAUCUCUCGCUUGGUCGAUCGUCCAGGGUCAGCAUCUAUCAGUCAUGGGGCUGACGGCCAGUCGCGCAAGGGCAGCCGCCCAAACUCCAUACUGAGCGCGAGUCAAUUGAGCGGAGAGAACGCUGAGACCUACGCUCCUUCAUCCCGACCACAAUCUCAAUCUAUUGCCGUGCAGACAGUCCAGACAGCUGGAGAGGAGCCUUACACCACCUCAUCCGCAACGGAAGCCCCACCGGCCCCUGAACCUAAACGAGAAGUUGUCACAUACAGCAAGGCAGUACAAACGGAUGGGCUGGAACAGCAGACCGAAUCAGUAGACGGGUCUGUUGCUUCAGAUACUGAGGAUCUGGCCGGUGCUACACAUUCAACUAAACGCCUCAGCCGACGGGACCGAGAGCACGACGAUGAAAUUCGACAAAGACUCCGCAAGGAAAUCGAAGAGGAAUUGCAAGCGACUAAUCAAGAGGGAAACAAUUCAGCCACUGUUCAGUCUACACAAUUGCGAUACCCUCUUCGAACGCUGGACGAUGAUGAGCUGAAGGCCGUCACCUCGUCGGACGAAUUCUUGGACUUUGUGGAACGGUCUUCAAAGGUUAUUGAGCGGGCAUUGGACGAGGAUUACGAUGUUCUAGCGAACUAUGAGCUAGGUGUGGAAGGGGAGUUGGAAGACGACGAAGAGAGCGGUAAGAAGAGAAGGGGUAUACGGGAGGUCUGUCAAUUCUGGGACGAAAGAUGGAGCAAGAAGCGAAUGAUCAGUGACCUGAGCUUCUCGCCCAAGUUCCCGGAAUUGGUACUCGCAGCCUACACCAAGAAUCCUUCUGCUCCUCAUGAACCAGAUGGGUUGGUCCAAGUCUGGAAUCAGCAUCUGCAGUCUCGGCCAGAAUACGUUUUCCACUCAACAUCCGAUAUCACUGCAGCCAAAUUUUCUCCUUUCCAUCCUAAUCUUAUUGUUGGAGGCUCCUAUUCUGGACAAGUCCUCCUCUGGGAUACUCGUUCCUCGCGGGCGGGCGGAGGAGCCCCAAAUGCCCACAAUAUUCUGACUGUUUCCACCGACGGUGUCGUAUGUGGCUGGACAGUUGACAUGCUAUCUCAGCCGCAAGAAUACCUCGAGCUCACCACACCGCUUCCAUCGAAGACAGAGGACCUUGCACCAACGACUAUGGCGUUCCCACAAUCAGAUCCGACUUUCUUCAUUGUCGGCACCGAGGAAGGCGUCAUCUAUCCAUGCCACCGCUAUGACCGAGCGGGCGCCAAGGCUGGCACCGACCACCGCCUGGCGUACCGUGGCCACAGCGCCCCGAUCAUGUCCACGGCAUUCCAUCCUGCACGCGGCCCGGUCGACCUUGGUGACCUGCUGCUGAGCUCCAGCCUGGACUGGACUGUCAAAGUCUGGCGUGUGCGGCCGCCAGCCACAACCGCUGCUCUUGGAUCUAGUACCUCUUCUCGCCAGACCAUCCAACCUAUCCUGGAUAUUCCCCGCGAAGAUGUCGUCUAUGAUGCCCGUUGGUCCCCACACCGCCCUGGGGUUUUCUCUUGCGUUGACGGUGCUGGCAACGUUGAAGUGUGGGAUCUUUAUACAGACACCGAGGUCCCGAUUGUUCGCACUACUCCCUCUCGCGGAGCUGGCGGCGCAUUGUCUCGCAGUCUCAACAAGGUUGCAUGGGAGGAACGGGAAGGCCGGCGUCUGGCUACGGGUGGCAUUAACGGGGUUGUCACAGUCUUCGAAGUCGGUAAGGGCCUUGGUGGUUCUGCUGAAGAAGUACCCGCCGAGGAGUGGCAGGGCAUGAAGCGGUUGAUCAGCAAGCUGGAGCAGAAGGAUCGGGCGGCUUGA